AUGCUUCCUAUCCUACUAGGUAAAGUCGGCAACAUGAGCUUAGCCACAAUACAAACGCGUAGCAUGACGUCUUGUUCAGGUCUAAGUCUUGCUACGCUGGUUAUGAUGGCCACCUUGCUGUUAUUUUUCUUGAAGAAAAAUAAAAAUGCGGUGCCACAGACAGGCCAAUUCCCCCCUGGGCCGGCUACGCUACCCUUCGUCGGUAAUAUGCACCAGAUGAUUUGGAACAAACCGGCGGUGUUCCGCUGGAUCCAUCGUCUGCUCAAGGAGAUGAAUACAGACAUCCUGUGCCUUCGUCUUGGAGCGACCCAUGUCAUUGCUGUGACAAGCCCGGAGAUCGCAUGCGAGGUAUUGCGAAAGAAUGACGAGGUUUUCGCCUCCCGUCCCAUCACCUUUGCCUCUGGCUCAUUUAGCUACGGGUACAAGGGCUCUAUCUUGUCACCACACGGAGAGCAAUGGAAGAAGAUGAGGCGGGUCCUCGCCUCUGAGGUCCUCGCCCCGUCCAUGGAGCAAAAGGUCCAGCACAUCCGGGAGGAGGAGUAUGACCAUCUUGUAAGGUACAUUAACAAAACUUCUUGCUGCAGCUCCGAGGCCAUUGUCGACGUGCGGCAUGUAUCACGACAUUUCUGUGGUGACAUGAUAAGGAGGCUUGUCUUCGGCAAGCGAUACUUCAGCAACCUACCAGCUUCCGCGACCAGCGGUCCUGGGCAUGAUGAGCUGGCACAUGUUGCCGCGCUUUUCACUCUCCUCAACCAUGUAUACAGCUUCUGUGUGUCGGACUAUUUUCCUGCCCUGCAAGGCCUCGACUUGGAGGGCCAUGAGAUGGUUUCCAGGGAUGUAAUGAGAACAAUCAAUCGGUUGCAUGAUCCCAUCAUAGAGGACAGGAUUCGUGAAAGGUCCAAUUCCAUUCAGAGCCGUGCUGAAAAGAAAGAGGCCAGAGACUUUUUGGACGUCCUGGUUUACCUUGAAGAUGCACAAGGACAGCCAUUGUUGUCCCUAGAAGAUAUAAGAGCACAGACAACGGAAAUUAUGUUUGCAAUAAUUGACAACCCAUCCAACGCUGUUGAGUGGGCACUCGCUGAGAUGAUCAACAGGCCGGAGGUCAUGCAAAAAGCAAUUGAUGAACUCGACAUGGUCGUCGGUAAAGAGAGACUAGUCCAGGAGUCUGACAUUUCUCAGCUAAACUAUCUCAAAUCAUGUAUCCGGGAGGCCUUCCGCAUGCAUCCAUACCAUCCUUUUAACCCACCACAUGUUGCCAUGGCGGACACCACGGUGGCAGGCUACACCAUACCUAAGGGUAGCCAUGUCAUAUUAAGCCGGUUUGGACUUGGUCGCAACCCCAAGAUCUGGGUCGAACCACUGGAGUUUCGGCCAGAGAGGCAUCUCAAUGCGGCAAAUGUACUUCUCACUGAACCAGGCCUACGUUUCAUUUCAUUUAGCACUGGGAGGAGGGGUUGUCCAGGGAUCUCACUUGGUACCUCGGUAACAAUGAUGUUGAUUGCAAGGAUGCUGCAGGGAUUCACUUGGACGAAGCCUCCUGGCAUUCACAGUAUCGAUCUCCAGGAGAGCAAAAUUGGCCUUGCGCUAGCUGAACCCCUUGUUUUGUGA